AUGGAACAAGGCCUACCCCACAAGGAUUCCAUCACCUCCACCGAGCCCCGAAAUAUUGCACAAGCUCAAUUGCCUCCUGAUUCACAGUGGCUUUUACAAGCUACGCAUCGAAGGAUAUCAUUGAGUCCUGUCGAUCAACUUCCUCAACAGUACACGGCCGCCAUGCCGGUUUUCAAGCGCUCUUCGACAAGCCUCAACAGCGAAUACGAACGGCUCCGACGAGCGUAUGUCAACACAGAUGUGCGAGAAGUCUACCCUCAGGAAAUUCACCUAGUUAGCUCCGUCGCCGAUGUGCAGCAGGCGGUCGAGAAUGCGAGAGCUCUUGGCGCCAAAAUCGGGAUCAGGUCUGGAGGACAUUCCUACUCGAACAACUCGCUGAUCGGUGACGGCGUCCUCGUGGAUACAUCGAAUCUCAAUCGGGGUGUCGACUAUGACCCAACAUUGCAUGAGAUCUCGUUUGGUCCGGCUGUACGUGUACGAGAGCUCUCCGAAGCAUUGCAAAAGAUUGGCCGUUUUUUCCCGCAUGGACACAGCCCGACGGUCGCUGCCGGUGGGUUCAUACUCAAUGGAGGACAGGGCUUCUUCUGUCCAACAUGGGGUCCAACCGUGGAUCAAUGGGUGACAGCGAUGGAGAUCGUGACACCUGACGGUCAAGUCAGAAUCGCAAGCAAGACGCAGAAUGCCGACCUCUUCUGGGCAGCGCGUGGAGCCGGACUGGCCUUCUUUGGCAUCCUAACCAAGAUCUGGGGCCGAACGAUCCCUGCUCGCAAGAUGUUCACUAAAUCUAUGAUUUUUGACGUUAAGAAUAACCUAGAGGAUCUUUUGUACUGGUCUUUGCAUACUAGCAGCCUCGUUCCAAAAUGGGGUACCGAGCACGCCAUCUUCACUCACUACCCUGAAAGAUUCGACCCUAACCUCACAAACGACGAUGUUCCAUCUCCGGCACGGCUCCACUUUGGUAUUUUCGCGUCGACAUACGUCGACACCAAGGAAGAAGCCCAAGCUCUCCUCAGUCCAUGGAACAACAUCCCAGCAUCUCUACAUAUCAUCCAAUCAGAAGAGGUGGAAGAGAUGGCUUGGUCACAUUUUUUCGACAUCCAAGAUUCCAUGGUGCCCACCGUCGCAGACAUGAAAUGGCAGAUUAAUAGCAUCCUUUCCGAACCAACUAUCCCCCUCAAACAACUAUGCAAAUCUGUCGUGCCCGCAAUGACCAAUCUCCCAACCCGGAGGUCGGUCGGAAACAUCUUCUGCUCAUUCUUCACCGCAAACGAGAGAGAUCAUCUAUGUGCCUUGCCGCAGCAGUACUACAUCUCCACAUUUACCCAGUGGAUGGAUAAGUCUUUACAACCAGAGAUAUACGACUACAUGGCCGAUACCUAUGCGAUACUUUAUCCUAGUGCGGCUGGGAUGUACAUCGCAGAUUGGGACCCGUUCGAUGAACGACAGGCUCAGGUCAAAGUUUGGACCGAUUUUGGUCUAAAGCGGUUUCUGGAAAUUCGAGCGAAAUAUGACCCAGAAGACUUCUUCCCAAAUUACAAACCGCUUGCCGCCGCCGCCGCGAGCAGAGCUUCGCUUACGCAACCGUAA